AUGCCUCUGUCUGUGAAGGAAGACUCAGAUCCUAAGUUAAGGACCAGAUUGGCGUUACGGUCACUCAAGCGCAAGAGCGGCGACCCCGUCUCGAAGAAGCUGAAGACGACUCGGUUCACCUGUGCAGGUCAAGAGCUCCGCAAACAUAUAGAUCUAUGGUUCGAGGACAGUAAUAUUAUUAUUAUUGUCAGCGACACUGCAUUCCGUGGUCAUACCAGUAUCAUCUCGCGCGAAUCCAAGGUCCUCGAGGACUUGAUCAAAGUGGCUUUCCGACCCUCUGGCUCAGAGUUUAGGAAAACCUGCGGAGACAGCCAAGUAAUAUACUUGAAGGAUGCAGUAGAAGAUGUUACUUUUAUGUUUCAGGUUCUCUACGACAGCAAGAGUCUCGUCGACUCCCGCUAA